GGCGGUGUUGAUGAUAUGACAAAGCUAUCUUAUUUGCAUGAGCCAGGAGUGUUGCAGAACUUAAGAAUCAGAUAUGAACUUAAUGAAAUUUAUACUUACACCGGAAACAUUUUAAUUGCAAUCAACCCGUUCCAAAAAUUACCUCAUUUAUAUGAUGCUCAUAUGAUGCAACAAUACAAGGGAGCACCAUUUGGAGAACUAAGUCCCCAUGUAUUCGCAAUUGCAGAUACCUCUUACAGGGCCAUGGUCCAUGAGGGAAAAAGCAAUUCAAUUCUGGUGAGUGGUGAAAGUGGAGCAGGUAAAACUGAGACAACCAAAAUGCUUAUGCGGUUCCUUGCAUUUUUGGGUGGCCGAAAAGCUACUGAAGGUCGCACAGUCGAACAGCAAGUCCUUGAAUCGAAUCCAGUUCUUGAAGCAUUUGGCAAUGCUAAAACUGUUAGAAAUAACAACUCGAGCCGUUUUGGUAAGUUUGUUGAGAUCCAAUUUGAUAAGCAUGGGAGAAUAUCCGGAGCAGCCAUCAGGACUUACCUCUUGGAAAGAUCUCGUGUUUGCCAAGUAAAUGACCCUGAGCGGAACUAUCACUGUUUUUACCUUCUUUGUGCAGCACCACCUGAGGAAGUUGAGAAAUAUAAGUUGGGAAACCCGCAAUCCUUUCACUAUCUUAACCAGUCAAAAUGCUAUGAGCUGGUUGGUGUGAAUGACGGACUUGAAUAUCUUGCCACAAGGAGGGCCAUGGACGUUGUUGGAAUAAGUAAAGAUGACCAGGAAGCAAUUUUCAGAGUUACUGCUGCUAUUCUUCAUCUUGGCAAUAUUGCCUUCGCCAAAGGGAAAGAGGUUGAUUCUUCAGUGUUAAAAAAUGACACAGCUAAAUUUCAUCUUAAGAUGACAGCUGAACUUCUUAGGUGUGAUGUUGCUGGCUUGCAAGAUGCAUUGUGCAAACGUGUGAUGAUCACUCCUGAAGAAGUUAUUAAGAGGAGUCUUGAUCCUGUUAGUGCGGCAAUCAGCAGGGAUGGUUUGGCUAAAACAAUAUAUUCCAGAUUAUUUGAUUGGUUGGUUGACAAAAUCAAUGUAUCAAUUGGACAAGAUGCUAAUUCAAAAUGUCUGAUUGGCGUCCUUGACAUCUAUGGUUUUGAGAGCUUUAAGAACAACAGCUUUGAGCAAUUUUGCAUUAACUUCACAAAUGAGAAACUGCAGCAACACUUUAAUCAGCAUGUCUUUAAGAUGGAACAAGAAGAAUAUAAAAAAGAGGCUAUCAAUUGGAGCUACAUUGAAUUUGUUGAUAACCAAGAUGUUCUAGAUCUCAUUGAAAAGAAACCUGGUGGUAUCAUUGCUCUCCUUGAUGAAGCUUGCAUGUUCCCAAAGUCGACACAUGAGACAUUCUCAAAUAAGCUUUAUCAGACUUUCAGAAAUCACAAGCGCUUCAUCAAGCCCAAGUUGUCACGCACAGAUUUCACAAUUGCACAUUAUGCUGGAGAGGUUCAAUAUCAAUCUGAUCAAUUUCUUGACAAAAAUAAAGAUUAUGUGGUCCCUGAACACCAAGACUUGUUGAGUGCUUCCAAAUGUUCCUUUGUAGCCGGCCUUUUCCCUCCGGUAGCUGAAGAGUCGUCCAAAUCUUCUAAAUUUUCAUCAAUAGGUUCCCGUUUCAAGCUUCAAUUGCAACAACUGAUGGAGACACUAAAUGCUACAGAACCUCAUUACGUUAGAUGUGUGAAACCAAACAAUAAACUGAAACCUGCCAUAUUUGAGAACAUGAACAUCUUGCAACAAUUGCGAUGUGGUGGUGUUUUAGAAGCAAUCAGAAUCAGUUGUGCUGGUUAUCCUACCCGUCGUCCUUUCUUUGAGUUUAUAGACAGAUUUGGACUUCUUGCACCAGAAGCCUUGGCAGGAAGUAACUUUGACGAAAAGAUGGUAUGUGCAAAGAUCUUGGAAAAGAUGGGGCUCAGCGGCUUUCAGAUUGGUAAAACGCAGGUAUUCUUGAGGGCUGGCCAGAUGGCUGAAUUAGAUGCAAGGAGAGCCCAGGUCCUUGGUGGUGCAGCAGCAAUUAUUCAAAGGCGGAUACGAACCUAUAUUUCUCACAUGCAGUUAAAUGCAUUGCGCACGAGUACAAUUUUCUUACAAUCUUACUGUAGACGUAGUUUGGCUUGCAAACAGUAUGACAAACUGAAAAGGAUCGCAGCUGCUAUAAAAAUUGAGAAGCACAUACGUAAAUGGCAAGCUUGGGUAGCCUAUAAUAGGCUCCGGGUGGCAGUGCUUGUAGUUCAAACAUAUGUAAGAGCAACGGAGGCUCGUAAGAGAUUCAGACACCGGAAGGAAACUAUCGCUGCAAUUAAAAUUCAGACUCGGUGGCGUUGUCAUAAAAAUUCUGCAUACUAUAAAAGACUCAAGAAAGGAUCCAUAGUUACACAAUGCAGAUGGAGGGGAAGGGUUGCAAGGAAAGAGCUACGCAAACUUAAAAUGGCUGCACAGGAAACAGGUGCACUUAAAGAAGCAAAAGAUAAGCUCGAAAAACAAUUGGAGGAACUAACAUGGCGUUUACAGCUGGAGAAACGUUUAAGGAUUGACUUGGAAGAAGCAAAAGCACAAGAGGCUAUCAAAUUUCAAAAUUCUCUGGAAGCUAUGCAAAAAAAACUUGAUGAAGCUACUGCAAUGGCAGUUGAGGAAAGAGAGGCAGCCAGAAAAGCUAUCGAUGAAGCACCCGCAGUUGUUGAGGAAAAAGAGAUAGUCGUUGAAGAUACUAAGAAAGUUGAAUCCCUGACUGCAGAAGUCAAUGAAUUGAAGGCCUUGUGGCAGUCAGAAAAGCAGCGUGCUGAUGAUCUUGAAGAACUUAGUGAAGAAAGACGAAAGAAGUUGGAAGAAACAGAAAAGAAAGUUGUUCAACUACAGGAAUCUAUGAGCAGGCUCGAAGAGAAGCUAAACAACUUAGAAUCAGAGAACAAAGUCUUCCGCCAACAAGCGGUGUCCAUGGCACCGAACAAGUUCCUCUCAGGCCGUUCUAGAUCUAUUAUUCAGAGGAAUGACAGUAGUAGUCAUCUAACUGGAGAUACAAAGUCAUCUCUGGAUCAUAGCCCUUCAAUGAACCAAAGGGAUCUUGCAGAAAUAGAUGACAAACCACAAAAAUCACUUAAUGAGAAACAGAUGGAGAAUCAGGAGUUGCUUAUCCGAUGCAUUGCACAACAUCUAGGCUUUGCAGGGAACAGACCUAUAGCAGCCUGUAUCAUUUACAAAUGCCUUCUUCAAUGGAGAUCUUUUGAAGUUGAGAAAACAACUGUUUUUGACCGUAUCAUUCAGACUAUAGGCAAUGCAAUAGAGAAAACCCAGGAUAACAACGAUGUAUUGGCCUACUGGUUGUCCAAUGCCUCUACUCUUUUGCUUCUACUCCAGCGCACGCUGAAAGCAAGUGGUGCAGCAUCUGGAACAGUUCCGCCGCGUCGUCGAUCGUCAGCUGCUCUUUUUGGGAGGAUGACUUCUAGUUUCCGUGGAAGUCCUCUAGCAGCCGAGCUUUCCUUUGCGAAUGGUCCCUUUGCGAAUAGUGGCCUGAGUAGUAGCGGAGUAGUAGGCGUUAGCAAAGUGGAAGCCAAGUAUCCAGCUUUGGUUUUUAAGCAGCAACUUACAGCAUAUGUUGAAAAGAUAUAUGGAAUGAUUCGAGAUAAUUUAAAGAAAGAGAUAUCUCCAUUGCUGGGGAUGUGUAUUCAGGCACCAAGAAUUUCCCGAGCGAGCCUAGUGAAGGGAUCAUCGCGUUCAGUUUCUAAUACAGCUCAGCAAACACUGAUUUCUCACUGGCAAGGAAUUGUGAAGAGUCUCGGAAGUUUCUUGAACAUUUUUAAAACAAAUCAUGUACCGCCAGUUUUGGUCCGUAAAGUUUUCUCACAAAUAUUUUCAUUCAUCAACGUUCAACUUUUUAACAGCCUACUUUUGAGGCGUGAAUGCUGUUCGUUCAGUAAUGGUGAAUAUGUCAAAGCAGGACUGGCUGAACUAGAACACUGGUGUUUCAAUGCAACUGAUGAGUAUGCAGGUUCAGCUUGGGAUGAACUGAAGCAUAUACGUCAGGCUAUUAGUUUUCUGGUUUUGCAUCAAAAGUCAAAGAAAACCCUGGAUGAAAUAAGUCAUGACCUCUGCCCAGUUCUUAGCAUACAGCAGUUGUAUCGGAUCAGUACAAUGUACUGGGAUGACAAGUAUGGCACACACAGUGUCUCCUCAGAAGUUAUAUCCGUCAUGAGGGAUUCGAUGACUGAAGAAAAUAAUGUCGUAAGCAAUACUUUUCUGUUGGAUGAUGAUUCCAGCAUUCCGUUUUCAGUUGAUGAUAUAUCAAAAUCAAUGGAUCAAAUAGAAAUCUCAGACAUUGAGCCUCCACCUCUAAUUCGUGAGAACUCAGGAUUCAGCUUUCUGUUGCCACGUAUCGAGAAUCACUGACAGAUCUUGCUGGUUGAUGGUUCUUAGUCAGACGGCCCUUUUAGGCUGUAAUUGGCCACAUCUCUGCACCGAUGUUUGUUCUGAAGAAAUGAUGCCAUUUGUUAAUGGUUUUGGAGACACCAUUGAGCUACAUUUGCUCGCAGUUUCUCAAUAUUUUGUUACUUGAUAGUAUGUUGUACAAAUAGCAGUCUUUUUGGCCACGUAUGUCU